CAACGCGUCAACAAGCGGUCUGCUCUGUCAAGAUUUUCGUUCACCUCCGUGUCAAUUGGAUGGUACCCCAAUCUACAGCGCACAUAGCCAUAGUAAGCGAAAUAGUACUGGAUCGAAUUUCGUUACAACACCCUAUGACAUGCCGUUGCAGGCUGCUGAUCCUGCUGAAAAGAACAUGCCCAUGCCAUGUAGUCGGAUCCCACCAAGCUAUUUCUGAAAGAGAAAAUCACUCAUAAACACUCAGUAACGUAUUAAAAAAUGAGUAUAAGGAGGAGGCACUGCCGAACCGUAAUUACUAGUGCUUAUAUGCUAGCUAUUGUAUGUGUCUUGAUGCCAGCCGAAUUCGAGCAUGAGUGCCGAAACACUAUCUGUAGGCUGGACCUUUACCGGACGAACCGGAGGUCAUACCCAAAACGACCUGGAAUAAGCGCAUUUAACA